CCCAUCGCAGGCCUUGCAAGAUGAAGCAAACAAUUUGCACAGGUGUCCCAACUUAGUGUUGAUUACUUAAAAAUCUUCUGUCUUAAAGCAGUGUUAGAACAGACUGCAACUACAGCCUCUGUGGUACUACUUGAAUGAUAUGCCAGUGAUAAUGAAAAAAACCAGCAAUUAACAAAUGAAACAAAGAAUUAUUACCCUUAGAUGUGUGUAGGUCUUUCAUUUAGAGAAAUUGCAAAAAGAAAAACAAAUAUGCCAGUGAUUCCAGUUUUGUCCUUCUCAAUCCAAAGGCAAAUUGGAAACUGGAAGAAACUCUGAUAGGAAGAGUUGUGGCAGACCCAAAGUCAUAACUCAAUGAGAAUACAAGUUUCUGAGGGUCACCAGCUUAUGUGAUGAAAGGCGCCUCGCAGCACAACAGUCCAGGUUGAAAAAAAGCAAGUCCGGUUUCUACUGUGAAGAAGAGACUUGGUGCUGCAAGUUUGACAGGUGGAGUGGCAGUAAGAAAGCCAAUCCUUAAAGUAGAAAUCAGGGCCUUGAAAUACCAUCUGUGGACUUCUGCAGAUUGAACAGUCUCUUCACAGUAGAAACUGAGACUUGCUUUUUUCAACCACUAUUACACUGUGCUUAAAGCUGUUCGGCUAUGAGGCACCCGUGAUCACACAAGCUGGUGACUUGUCUUCGUAGUGGGUUGUGUCUUUGGGGCUGCCAGAUCUCUACCUAUCAAAGUUUCUUUCUAAACUUAUUUGCCUUUUGAUUGUGUACUUGACUUGACACUUCUCAUUUAUAUAUUGUGUAUGCAUAUCGAAUACACCUGUUAAGAGUUUCAUUAAUCCUGCUGGGCUAGGUUUCACGCCCUCACAACUGUAAAUAAAGCCAAGACUGUGUAUGUUUAGAUUCGAGGGCCUUUAAGUAGAGGCUACAUGUGGUUUUGUUCGUAACUAAGUUACAAAAGGUUGAGUUACAUGAAUAAUAACACUGGCUGUGCUCCCUGUCAAAGAUGGAUUGAAAUUUAAGUAAUCAACCUAGCCCAUGGUGGUGAUUGUGUAAUGGUGUUGAGAAUCUUAUCUUGGCACACUUUGGGCACCUUAGUGCCAACUCAGCAUCAUUUAAAUGCCACAGCCUACCCGAGGAUUGUUGCAGACCAUGUCCAUCCCUUAAAGACCACAGUGUACACCUCUUCUGAAGUCUACUUUCAACAGGAUAACACACCAUGUCACAUAGCUCAAAUCAACUCAAGCUGGUUUCUUGAACAUGACCAUGUGUUCACUGUACUCAAAUGGCCUCCACAGUCAUCAGAUCUCAGUCCAACUGAGGUGGAACUGGAGAUUCGGAUAAUGAACGUGCAGCGGAUAAAUUGACAGCAACUGUAUGAUGUCAUCAUGUCAAUAUUUCCAGCACAUUGGUGAAUCAAUGCCACGAAGAAUUACUGCGGUUUUACAAGGCAUAGGGGUCCAACGCGGUACUACUAAAGGGGCCGGUGCGUGUAUGUUUCUGCUGUAUGGGAUUCGUAAAAUGCACCAUCUAUUGAAACACGAAAUGCAAAGCGUUAGAUUACUAAAAUGUCUGUAGUGCGCUUUGAAAUUGAGUCAUAGCAUCCGGAUGGACACACAGAAUGGUUCUCUUUUUUACUAAGGUGGAUUGGAUUAGCGAAGUGAAGUGAAGUAAACACAUCCCCAUAUCAAUCGCGCAAAUCGACGAGGAAGAAGUGGUGAGCGCGCCGAGCACCGAUAUUCACCGGCCGGGCUUCCAUCAUUAGUGCGGAGUGGAGGACGGAAAGAGAGUGAAAGCACAACAGCCACUGGCUUCAUCGUGAGGACCUGCAGACCAAGAGUGCUUUAUAUUCCACGCUCGGAUGGAUGGAGAGUCCUCGCUGGAAAGUUAUUUUGACCAGUCCAUUGUUGGAGAGAAUUCUCAAUGCCUUUACACACCUGCCAUCGAUUUUGAAGGGGACCUCUCCAUCCGGUCUCCCCUUCACUCCUCCACCUUCAUCUCUGCUCCAGUGGAGCAGAACAAGGCCUUGACAGAAGAUUUUUCUGUAGUGGACCUCAGCUUUCUACCAGAUGAGCUCAGUGUACAGGAUGAACCCCUACGUGAUGGGGCGGAACAGCAGGAGAGUGAUGUGCGGGACAGUGGCUUUGUAUGUAUGGCAACCCCAGGAGAACAAAUACCAUCUGAAAGCAGCAUGGCUCUUCCCGGGGCCUCUCCAUUCUGCCCACUGCCCAUGACACCCAUGACUCCCAUGACUCCUAUGACACCUGUUUCUGAAAGUUCCGGCAUUGUCCCUCAGCUUCAGAAUAUUGUCUCCACUGUAAAUCUAGCCUGCAGUCUGGAUCUUAAGUCGAUUGCCCUUCGAGCUCGAAAUGCAGAGUACAAUCCCAAGCGCUUUGCUGCAGUCAUCAUGAGAAUCCGGGAGCCAAGAACGACAGCCUUGAUCUUCAGCUCAGGCAAAAUGGUUUGCACUGGGGCCAAGAGUGAAGAACAGUCCCGGCUUGCGGCCCGAAAGUAUGCCCGUGUUGUGCAGAAGCUGGGUUUUCCAGCUAAAUUUUUAGACUUCAAAAUCCAGAACAUGGUUGGAAGCUGUGAUGUCAGGUUUCCCAUCCGGCUGGAAGGACUGGUCCUUACUCACCAACAGUUCAGCAGCUAUGAACCAGAACUGUUUCCUGGGCUCAUUUACCGCAUGGUAAAGCCACGCAUUGUGCUGCUCAUUUUUGUUUCUGGUAAAGUGGUGCUGACAGGGGCUAAAGAGCGCUCUGAAAUAUAUGAAGCCUUUGAAAACAUCUACCCAAUUCUAAAAGGGUUCAAAAAAGUGUGAUCUACUGAAGAACCAAAAUGACCAAUCUUCUGUGCAAAGUAAUAUAUUUAAAGAUCUAAUACCAUAAUAUUUACAGAGAGUAUAGCAGUGUUUAUCUUUUUUUUCAAAUAAAGAAAUAUGUUAAAUUUUUUUGUACUUCUGAGCUACGGCUAUGUGUUUCAUAAUCGGCGAAAAAAUAACGCAUGUUUAUAAAUGCUUUAUACGCUUUAUAAUAGUUUUCUAAUAUGUGCUAAUUCUUUGUUCUUGAUGAAAAUGAAGAUAUGCUUUGUGUUAGGAUUAAGACAUAGUGGAAAAGAUGUCUUUGCAUGGCAGGACGGCUGCCACUUUUUGCUCGCACUUGAUCCAUAAACUGCUUGGAAGCCAGGACUGGAAAUCAACUGCCUUCACUUUAAGGACAGCACCUGUGUCAGAUCAGUGGUUUUUACAGUUUUUGAUGAACAGUUACACCAAAAUUAAGUUCUCAUCAUAUUCUGAAUAGGUUUCACUGAAAAGGCAUAGUUGGUCCAUAUAAAUGCUUGAAGGUGGUCUGUCCAAUCUGGUCAAUGAAUACCAUUUUCUUAGAAACACAUUUUUCAUUACUCCUCAUCUCAAUGGCACUACACAUUUGGCACCAUCAAGAUGAUGUCCUCAAAUUUGUAGAUAAGGGGGGUGUGGAGGUAGGCUGGCAGAAGGAUGUUUUAUACUGCAGAAGCUUCAUAACAACUCUAAUACAGCCGCCUAUCUUCUCCUCAUACAGGAUCCAACACAUGACUAUGAGCAAGAGGUUUGGUCUAUCUAUCUUCUCAUCGGCGGAAAGGAUUUUUCUUCUAGUGCUAUUUCGUUGUUGAAAACCUACUGACAUCUCUUUUUACCUUCUCCCCAAAAUCCACAAACUGGACAAUCCUGGAUGUCCUGCUUAUUCUGCAUGCAGCUGUCCCACAACUCCUGUUUCAGUUUUUCUCAAAAGUCUUAUAAUGCCAGUGGUUGAAGGUUGCUUUUCAUGCUUAACAUAUUAACUAUGCUCUCUAGUUGUUUGACAGCUUUAGGUUUCAAGGUCUUGACUGCUUUAUCUUUAGCAUGGAUGUCAGCUGUUUGUAUGUAGUCAUUUCUUGCAAUGAAGGUGUUAUUACCCUCAAGCCAGACGUUCAGCAGACGUCCAGUCCAGGAUCCUCCCAUGAACACUCUCAGCAGACUGGCAGAAAUGGUUCUUGGCCUCAAAACAGACUUUUUUUCACCAGGUCAGUAGAGUAGUAGUAGUUACUAGAAUGAGAGCCAGACAUACCAAUAUUUCACCAACAUGGGGGUGUGUUUCUUUUCUUUCUACUUAAGCUUUGUACCAGACCUGUGCGAAAGAUGUAUUAACGCUUCUGGUGGUGAUACCUCUUGCUACAGGGAUUCAUUAAUGAUUUUAUUAGUUUCUGUCCAUCUGGCAGGUUUACAGUCAAGGUUUCUACCAUUUUUCAGAUAUCAGUCUUUCUAACAGCUUUACAGGAUUUAAAACAAAAUCUUCUACUUCCAUCCCUGGCAUGCUAAAAACUCUCUUCCUCUUUCACAGUUCCGCUGCCUCUGCAGUGAUGAGGUUACCAUUUGUAAUGAAACACUCAGAAUGAGGAGUUUCUUCAUUGACAGACAGCCCUUCUCAUAUUGUGGACAAUCAAUAUCUCAACCAAGCCAGGGGCAGGCCUUGUUAUAUCUACUCUAUGUGGAACCCCAUUAACGAAACCCACAUCCUGUUUGUUGUCUCGUUGCACUCUAACUCUCUCUCUGUCUCUCUCACAGGUAUUCAAGCAAACUUACUUCAUUUUGUAGACUGAUCCUUCCACGGAAGCCUUUUUUCCUAAUCUCCUACCACUGACCAUCUCUUAACCAAGGAGGGCCACAUUUCCUCACUAGGCAUUUUGAGUUGUAAUAGGAGCCACUGUGUCACUUGCCACCAGCAGUAUCAUCACAUCUGGUCCCUCUAGUAAAUUCUGUAUUAAGUAAUGGGCCUCUUGCCAGUCAAAAAAUCUUAAUUGGCACAAUUCUUGUAGGAAUCAUCCAGCCAUCUACCCAGGUAGACAACUUGCAGUUCAUUUCAGGAAGCACAUUUGAACUGUUAAAGAUCUAAGACUUUGCAAUGCCUGUGGUGAAACGCUUCACAUCUCUUAAUCAUUGCCACACUGAUCUAUUUCUGUUUUUUCACGGGGUGUCAAAGAUACAUUUAAAAAAAAAAAAGACCCACUCACUUUUGAAUUUAAUCUCUACCUUCAUCUUUUCUAAAGACAGCUUUUUCACACCUUCCUUUAAUCUGCCCUGGCUUUGUUCCCCCUCCUACAAGUACUUGUUACCUGCUUUUUUUUCUUUUCAGCUGCACACCUGAUGAUGGCUAUACAGCCGAAAUGUUGUGCCUUUAACCUUCUUUCCGUUUCGGUGUGGGAAUAACUUUUUAACCUUUCAUUUCUAAUAUUUUAUUCCCCGAUAAUCACUGUCUAGUUUAGCCAGCAUACCUCACCAUUUUACAGUGAAGUGAUAUUCUUGAAUGGUUAACUUGUCUGGCAAGCACAAUAAUUUUAUAUAGCGAAUUUCCCUAGAGAACACCUUCCCGGGACUCAUCAUGGAUGCUCUACAGUUAAACCACACUUUCCGGCAAACGCUUUAAAUGGCGUAGUGCGAACCCUCCCGUUCAGUCUUGAACCAAUGAAAGCGAAUAGUCCAGUAAUACAAAUACUGGCGGAUAUGUAUUCUUACAAACCACUCGAGCUCCGAGAUCUGUUCUGGAACCUUAAGUUAAAUCAACAGGCGCUGGAACGAACGAGUAGUUGGCAGCCCACAUGGUCGACGUCUCCACCACAUUUUUACUUAUUUUAGAUAUCGGUCUUUCUAUUAGCCUUCUGGGACUUAAAAUCUCUGCUUAUGUCAAACCAACUGACUUACAACCGCUCAUUCCACUCGUACUAAACACACAUUACCUCUUUCAGGGCCGU